UGACGUACUAUAGCAGUGAACAAUCAAAAAGACGAUUAGUGCUCCAUAAAAAAUGGCAAUGAGCGACGGUUCGUGUCUUGUUCGGGUGCAAGACUCCAAGGACUUCGUCGCCAGAUGUCUGAUGGCUGUUGGUACGAAAGAAGAACACGCUCGUCUGCACGCGGAUGUUUUACUAGCGGGAGAUUCGAGUAUCGCAUUUCUCCUUCUGCACAUCAGAGGUCACUUCAGCCACGGCAUCAACCGCCUGGGUCUGUACGUGAACGACGUGAAGGGCAAUUUGUGCGACGGCAACGCCGUCCCCACCGUCCUCCACGAGACGGCCUCAACAGCCCACGUCAACGGCAACAACGGCCUGGGCUCCGUCACCGGCAAGUUCUGCAUGGAACUCGCCAUCAAAAAGGCCAAGGAAACGGGCGUCGCUUGGGUCGCUGCCAAACACUCGAACCACUUCGGCAUCGCCGGCUUCUACACGGAAAUGGCGAUGGAGUCCGGGCUGCUGGGAUGGUCCAUGACGAACGGAUCCCCGUUCGUGGUGCCCACGAGGGCUAAAAAGGCCGCCCUCAGCACGAACCCGAUCGCAGUGGGUGUGCAGGGAGAAGGAGAAGGCAACAAGUUUUUGUUGGACAUGGCCACGUCCGCUGUGGCUAUCGGGAAGGUCGAGGUGCAGUCCAGGAAGGGAGAGAAGAUCCCCGAGGGCUGGGGCAUGGACAAGGACGGGAAUUCAACGACUGACCCGGAUAAGGUCAUCAAUGGAGGCUUCUUGAUGCCGCUCGGAGGUGCGGAACAAACGAGCGGGUACAAGGGAUACGGACUCGGCCUCAUGGUGGACAUCCUAUGCGGUGUACUCGCUGGUGGAACUUUUGGACCCAAGGCAAAGAAAUGGAUGUCUGGAGAAGGCAUCGGGAACUAUUGUCACUCUUUCAUGGCACUGGAUCCAAAGCGCUUCAACCCGAACUUUGACGGAGACCUCAGCGAAUUGCUGCACACCAUCAAGGGACUGGACUCGGCAGAAGGACCUUCUAAACCAAUCCUAAUCCCAGGGGAGCCCGAGUGGCAAAAAAUCGCAGCCACUGAAGGCAGGGGCGGGAUCCUGUACCCACAAAAGGUUCUGGACAUGUGCAAAGGCCUGGCUGAACAACUUGGCGUUGACCCAAUGAUCGUGACGUCGUCGUGAAAUGCCGAGAAAAUCGCCACAUCAGCGUGACGCAGAGAAUCUGACCAUCAACCCGCGAUUUCUUAUUCAAACAAUCAAAACUGGACCAAUUGAAAUCUACGCAAAAAAAUGCUGCUUUUUUGGACCCUGUGGAUUUAAUUCCGGAAUAAAUGCUCAGAUUUGGGAAUCGA